AAAUUGUCGAAGAAAGUAAUGAUAAUAUACAACAAAUAUUAACUGAUAAUUUAAAUAUUAAUCGAAUUGUUGAUUUAUUAUUACCUGAGUUUUUAUCUACCAAUAACAUUUUAUUUGAAUCAGCUAUUAAUAGAUUAUCUUUAUAUGAAAGGGGUUAUAAUUCAGAAAAUAGAGAAUACGAUUCUAUUAAUUUAGCACAACAAAUAAUAGAU